GUUGACUUGACUGUUAUUAUUGUACUAAUAAGGAUCUGCAGCAAAGUGCUGGUAGGGGAUAUACAUUUUUUUGUUCUCAUCCUCAUCGUUAUUCUCGUUUUUCGUCACAGAUGAGAUAAACAGAAAAUUUAUUAUUUUUUUUUUUCUUUGUUUAAAUUAUUAUUUGUAAAUAUAUCAUUUAAGUUUUUAUUAAAAAUAUAAUCAUAAAUAUUUUGCUUUAAAAAUAAAUAAUAAAAUGUCACGACCCAAGUAUAAAACAUCAACAUCCAGUAUCUGUGCUGACUGUGGAGCUCUUGAACCAGGAUGGGCAUCUAUCAAUAGAGCUAUUUUAUUGUGCGACGAGUGUUGCAGUAUACAUAGAAGUCUUGGUAGACACGUUUCACAUGUUAAAUCUCUCCAUAAAGGAUUUUGGAGUAGUUAUUUACUGACCAUGGUACAUACUUUAAAUGACAAUGGAGCAAAUAAUAUAUGGGAAUAUUCACUUCUUGAUUCAAAUAAUUCAAAAGUAAAUCGAAAAAAACCUCAGCCAAAAGAUCCAUUAUACCCUGUAAAAGCAGAUUUUAUUCGUGCAAAACAUCAACAAUUGGCAUUUGUAUUGCGACCAAGUAAAGAUGAAUCUUGCAGCGAAGAAGAAUUGAGUAAACAAUUACACAGCAGCGUGAGAACUAGUAAUUUGGAAACUUCUCUUCGACUUAUAGUACAAGGAGGAAAUCCAAAUUAUUUUUACAAAGAAAAAGGUACAACUCCAUUACACGUUGCAGCUAGAGCUGGUCAAGCACUUGAAUUGGAAUUACUUAUUGCCAAUGGAGGAAAUCCUAAUCUGGUUGAUUCUAAUGGGCACACACCCGCUGAAAUUGCUAGGAUAACAGGGCACUUGGAUUUAGCUGAAAGACUGAUUGAAUGUAUGUAUCAAGUUACCGAUAGAUUAACUUAUUUUAUAUGUUCACGUAAACCAGACCAUCGAACAACUGAGCAUUUAAUUAUUCCCGAGUGGUCUGAAACAUUGGAAAGAAAUGAAUUAACUAAUGAAGCACGUAAUCGGCUUAAAAUGUUACCAAAUAAUUUACUUGAAGAAUUAACGAUGGAUGUUUAUGACGAAGUAGACCGCCGAGAAGUUGAAGCUGUAUGGCUAUCAAGCACAACUCUUCCUGAAAGAAGUACUGCUGUUCCUUUUCUACCAGUAAAUCCAUAUCUAUCAUCAACAAGAAAUCAAGGAAGACAAAAAUUGGCACGAUUUACUCCACAAGAAUUUGCAACACUUAUUGUUGAUAUUCUUACGGAAGCUGCACGUCGUCAUAUGCAAGCUAAUUGCACACCUCUUCAAGAUCCAGUUGUAUCAGCUCUUAAAAAAGAACAACGAACAAAUAAAAAUUGUGGAUCACAGACUUCAGACGAUGAGCCAUUAUACGACAGUGUCGCGUCUGACGAUGACUACAUAAUGCUUGGAGGAAGUGAUACCAACAAUACUAAUUCAGAGUCAUUAAACAAUGAUAAUGAGAAAACAGUGGGACCAACAGGAAAAGGUCAACCUGCUGUUAUUCAAGUUCUUAAGAAGCAGCUAAAUAUAUCCGAAUCAACGAUUAAAAGUUUACAUGAUGAAAUUGAUAAUUUUAAACAAACUAUUGAGCAGCUAACAUUAGAAAAUCGCCAAUUAAAAAGUAUUAUUGAUAUAUAUGUUAAACCAAAGCUUCCACAAUCUUAUGAUACUGUUAAUGGACAUACUGAUGAUAUUGAACAAGAGCCAGUAUUAGAUUCUAUUGAUAAUAAAUCCCAGUCACGUCUAAAUCAAAGACCAGCAUCUAUGUACGAAACACGUCAAGGAUUUAAAAAAACUGGACCAUGGAAUGUUUCAUUGAAAAGAGAUGAUGAACUUGCAGAGCUUGAAACUCGAUCAAAUAUUGAACAAAAAUUAUGGGAAUGUCAAAAAAUAAAUUUGCCAACAAUUGAUCAAGUGACUCGACGUACAGAUCAAGUUACUAAAGGAAUCCAAGAACUCUGGAUGGCGAUGCAAGAUCCUACUAAUAAACAAGUAUUUGUGCCAUGCGGUGAAAAAAUUCGUAUUGCUGUAACUGAAUUAACGACUAUAUUUUCACAGAGUUCAUUGGAUGAAAUAAUUAGAGCAGCAUUGAGGCAGCUAAAUGGAAAUACAGGAAGACUUCAAACAGAAUGUGCAAGUCUUGAACGUUGUACAAAUGACUCUGAGCAUACGAAACGUUGUCUUCAGCAAGUGCGAUGUUGUGCCUAUGAUAUUGCCAAAGCUACAAAGCUCCUGGUUACUCAUUUUCAAUCAUUAUAGUCAUACAAAUAGUCUUAUAUUUAUUAAAUUAACAUUUUUAUAAAUAAUUAUAUGCAUGAUUGUUGAAAAAAUAACUGAUAUUAUUAAAUCUUAUUAAUAAUUAAUAUUUUUUUUUCUUUUUAACUAAAUAUACCACCACUUUAUUAAUUAUUAUUUGUCAAUUCAAUAAUGAAACUAAAAAAAAAAUAUUAACAGAGACUGAGUAGUUGAUAUAAGCAUCCUAAUUGCUUCUCUUCCUUCCCAAGUGCAAUUAGUAAAACGAAAAAAUAAUAAUAAUAAUUAACGAUUUAUUUUUAUUAAUAAUUGACUUUUUUUUUGAGUGUCGACAUAUUUAAAAUGUUUUACCAUAAUGUGUUGUUAUAAUAAUUGUAUUAAAACUGACAAACAAAUAUAUAUAUUCAACUUUUA